UAAUUAGACGGCCUGUUUUCUCAUAAAUAUCUAUAGUGAUGAAAAUUAGGCACAUAAAGGCUAUAGUUAAAGGCCUGUGAAAGUGUGGGAUGCAAACUGUGAAGGCAAAGCGGACAAUGUGUGUCUUUUACAAAUGCAACAAUUGGACUACCCAGAUUUCAUCAUGUGGAGUUCUGUGAUGUUGCUCAAAAUAUGGAAACUUUUACAAGCUCAACACUUUUCAUAUAGCUAACUCCCAUAACGGCAGCGUCAUCUAUCAGUAGUGUGUAUAUCUAGUUUUUUGUUCUAAAUGGAAACCCUUCAUUGUUCAAUACUUUCAACUACAAUGAAGACUCAUUAGGCUUCUGUUAAGUCCAGUUUAACAGCUGAUAAUGAGAUCAGGACUGAUAGGUUAUCUUCCUAUCUUUUAGGGACAUUUUGACGGCAGAGAUGGACCCGUAAUCACAUUGUCUUUGCUAAGUCUUACGGACAGCUGUAAACGAAGGCUCCAAACCUCCUCAGAUAAGCCGUCCUCCCUAAUGGCAGAUGCCACAUUCAGGUAGAAAGUAAGCCUUCUACUGUCCCGACUUCUGUGCCAUAAUUGCAGCUACUAAAGUGUCUCUUAAAGCUCACCAGAAUUUUUCUUUGUGAAUUGUGAUAAAGUAAAUGUAGGCUGUGUUUCAGGAAGAUAGAUCAACAUAAGAUUCCAUGCAUCAAAUGCAAAGCAGACGCAGGAGAAAAAGACUAUUAAUAUAUAAUUGAUUUACUAUAUAAGUCAAAUCUUGUUCGACCAUAUUGUAAAAAAUAAAAGAAACGUUAAUUUUCUAAAAGGCAACAUAAAGGACGUUUUAUAAUAUUCAGUUCACCCUCCGACUGGUUGCUGGUCCUUCUAAUAUAAAGAGUUUUAGAGGCUCAACAACACCUUGGUUAGUAAAUCAUCUUCAAUCAUCUAUCGAUGCUGUAUAAAUCAGCAAAAAUUAAAGAUUGCGGAGGGGGAACCAAAGUAGUAGCAGUAAAAAGUAAUUUGAGUGGUUGUAUAUCCUCUGGCAUAGCUUCUGUUGUCAUUAGAUGUAAAUGGACCACUUACCUUAAGAGCUGCAGGCCGUCCGUAAUCCAAAAAUUCAACAACUUCUAAAUAUUUACAUUCACAAAUAUGGUGUCUUGCUCUCGUGGAUGGCGGCUUAGUGACGUACCAACACUUACAGUUGCAGAACAAAUAUUUGACUAUAAAAAAUUCAUGAGCCUUAGCGAGUUUUGAAACGAAUGAGCUAAUAUAUCUUUAUUCAAGAGUCCAAGGGACAGACGAGGCUUUCGCUCUUUCACAGAGAUUCAUAAGUGAACCAGAGCCUUCUGCUCGCAUGUUCGUGUGUUAGACCCUCAAACAUCUCGGACAUUUGAGAUGAGCACAUAGAAACGUCCUGCAGAGCAUGUGAAGCUCAACCAUAUGGAAUGUAAUAAAGUGCCAUAAAGGUAAAGCUUCAGUUCUAAACACAUGUUUUGUCUUAUAUUAAUGAAGUCAUUCAUUCAAACUUGUAAAAGUUUCGUCACAAUAACAAUCUGCUGCUUGACGCAGAUAGAGGGAAUAGUUUUGGCGGGACCAUCUGAGUAGGAACCAUCUGAGGGUUGAACCCUCCCCGUCUCCCCCUGCAGGGACUGGGAACAUUGGGCUCCAGUAUCACCCCAUGACAUCACAGCAGUGAGGUAUCAGCUGACUGGCACACACUUCACAUGACCUGCUGAAGGCUGAAGGGGGGGGGGCAGCAGCCUUGUUGAUUGAAUCAGCUUAUAUAGAAUUUAUAAAUCUGUAUCUGCUGAAUCAUUUAGAUCGGAUCCAUUACAGAUACGUGCACCAAAUGAAACAAUAGUAGCACCUAAAGUACUGCUUAACCGGUCAAGCAGUUUGCUGUUUGAAAGUCUAUUUAGAGUCCUGAAACAUUAUGCCUCUGUUGGAGAUGGCGGCUGUAACAACCUCCCGCCUAAUACGUGAUCAGAAGCGCCGCUCUAUAUUUAUCAAAUCACAUGGAGCUCACCAGAGGACACACAACAUGGCGCUGCUGAGACUCCAGACCUCCUAGACCUUCACCUCCUGUAGACCAGGGUCACAGCUGGAGCAAGACGGGUUAUAUUGCAAAGUCAAAAUGGACGACUUUGAAUACAGCGUGGAGAUCUGUGACCGGGACUGGGACUGCUUCUUUGCACAGUGCGAAGACUCCAACCUGCUUCCUCCUUCAUUAGCGGGCGUGGACGACUCGGGGAUGAGCGACAUCGAUGAGACCGGUUCCCAUCUCACUACGAGGCUCCCGAAAAUUGACCAAACAGCCGGCCUCCUGGCGGCUGACCGCUCCAUCGAUGGCCCCCCCGACUGCGAGGGCUCUCCCACGGAGCGUUACCUCGGCAAACACGCUGUCGCUGGAAUGGAGAGCGUGCUCUCCGGCAGCGAGGAGGACAUACACCUGCAGUCGGUCAAUGUAUUCUUUGAAAGGCUGAAUCGUUGUACAGAGCCAAGCCGAGCGAGGGAUGUGAAACACAGAGAGGCAGCGGAGGAGAAGGAGGAGGAGGAGGAGCGGAGGAGGGUUAGUGAUGGGAAACAAGCCAGCCGCAGUUCUUGGCCAAAAAACAUCCCCAAGUUAAAGUCUCUCUCUGCCAGCGGUGGAACAGCAGUUAGCAAAGAGACCACAGCGCCUGUCGAAACCGUCAGCAAGAUAAACAUUGUGAAAAAGUAUGUGCUUGGCGCUGAGAUUUCUCCCGAAUCGGCAGCCAGUAACUCCGCGCUCCAGACUCACAAAUCAGCUGAAACAAGGUUAUUCAGCGGAGAGGAAUUACGUUCAGAAACCAGAGUGAAUGAGACGACGCCUCUGAACCGGUGCCAUGACUCACCAGAGGGGGUCGUCUGCUCAGAAACAACGCCAGUGGAAACGCGCGCACCUCUGCAAGAUGUUGAUCGGGAAGAUUUGUCGAAAAGUCAGUUGAGCAUCUCUAAAAAAGGUUUCACCGAUUCAUUGAGUAAUCUAGAGAUGGUGAAGCACGUCAAAGGGAAGGGAAACCAAAACGCUGAUGUCGUACAGAUGGAAGCAACGCGUACCUGCAAAACCUCAAGCCGAGAGUCGCCCCCAUCUGCCUCCGUCAGACGAAAGAGAAGGAAAAAGAGGCGGCUGAGCGUUGAGUCAGCUGAGAGUGUGCAUGGAUAUGAGCGGCAGGCUUCAGCCAAGCACAGUGACUCAGAGGAAGAACGCUCUGCCUGGAGACGAGCAACAGGUCUGUGUUUGUCUGAGGAUUUGAAACUAUCUUAUUUAAUCACACCACAAAAAGAAUGCAUUUCAGUUCUCCCAGUGAAACCAAAUUUGAAGAACAUCAAAAUAGAUCAUCUCGAUCAAUACAGUCAAUACCAAUAUUUACCAGAGCGCAUAGUAACGAAGGAAAGGCCUAAAGAAACAAAUAAUGUAACUAAUGAUGGGUCAUUAAACCCCUCGAGUCAAACUGACAACAGUGCCACGUCAGCGCCACGCAACACUGGGAAAGUGGAUAAAAAUUUGCAGCAGAACAUUAAGCUACACAUUGAAGAGACAACUGAGUGGCCAGUCGUGAUCACUGACGCCGUAACUGGUAAAACAGAAACGGCACCGCGGGGAAGUAAUGACUCUCAUGCCGGGAGCCUCCAGCACAAAACCAGUCAGUCCGUCAUUUGCUGCGAAGAUGAACGAAAUCCAGAAUCGUGCGCGGCGGAGGUCAAAUCCAUACGUAUCCUGUCAAGCGCAGAGUCCAAUGAUCCGGUGCAAGUCCGCCAAAAUGACAGAUUAUCCGCUGCUAAGUCGGUCCUUGCUGUGGAGGCUGGACAUUCUGGCAGAGACGAGCACAUGCUGCGGGGAAGAGGAGCUGAGCCCCAACAACAGCUGGAAAUUGACUGUGAAGACAAACGCCGGUAUGGUUCUGCACGGGAAAGUCCUCCGCGUCCUCCGUCUGCAAGCAGCUCCGAUGACACAAAACCCAAGGAAUUCAAAACUAGAUUCUGUCCAGUGUUGGAGAUUUCCAGUAAAGUGGGCUGCGCUAAAUCCCCAUCGGACACCAGCUAUGCAUUGCCUAAUAGACACUUUUGGGCUAAAAGUCCCAACCGUUUCGCUAUAGAUUUCACACCACAGCAGACAAAUCUUUCCCUGGUGUCUCACACGUUAUCCAAACUCCAGGUUCCUUCAGAGAAAAACACAACCGCUGAUGGAGCUGGAUUGGCAGCAUCUCAAAUGUCUUCUCAAAGCGGGAAUCCCCUUCGAUCUGGCGAAAGCAUAGCUGAGAGCCGGAGAGAAACCAGACCUUCCGCGUCUGAAGACUUGCCAACACGUCCUUCAGAUAUUACACCUGUAUCGCCCUGCUGCACCACGGACACGGGAUCCGCCCUGUCAAUCUCUGAAAGUACCACAGACGUGUCAGGAAGUUCUUUUUUAUCCGUCAAGCAAAAUGACCAUGGAGAUGGAAGGCAAACACCACCAACCGAUCACAAAUGUGAAGACGUCGUCACAGCACCUAAAGCAGAUUGCGAACCUCAAAAGGCACCAGAUUCAAAGCAUUCAGUGUUCGCAAUGUCCUCUUUCUGGAGAGAGAUGGAGAUGCUGACGAUAAAUGACAUUCUGGGUUUACGAAUGAUCAGCAAAGCUGCACCGCCGAGCUCUCUCGUGCCCACGCAGGAAAGCGAGGAGACCCGCAGGUUUGCUAUAACGGACUCUGGCUUUUUCACUCAACUGGACGGGUCCAUGCUUGAACUCCCCCACAAAGACCCACAGAGCGAUCCCAACUUCACAGAAACACGUUCGGGUUCUGUUGUCGCAGCCAAUUCUUCCUCUUCAAGUGGUGUUGUGUGGGAGAACAUUUCUCAACCCGAAGGGGCUCAAACGAAGAUUUCCAAAAACGUAAGCGUGCGCAAUCUACACGCCCUGCAAUCUGAGUCUGCGAAAUACGCAAGGAAAGUCCAAACUUUACAAACCUUGGAUGAGGGAGGAUUACAAAGAGAAGAGCAUUUCACUGAAGUACACAUGCCGGAGCAAGAAAAGGCUUCAUUAUCAACAGAAAGCUAUGGAAUAUCUCUCACAGACAUAUUUCAGUAUCUCUUUCGUGGAAAACAAUCAGCUCCCAGCCAGUCGGUCACAGAAAACAUAACCGCGUUCUUCACUGACGGAAAUUCUGUGCCUGAAACUUAUGACCAUUUCUUCUCAGACUUUGAUACGGAAAGCUUCUUCUUCCCUCUCGUCCCUGCAGAGGAUCAUUCUCGCUCAGCUAACAGGAAUCUACAGUUCCCUGAGGCGUACGAACACUUCUUUGCCUCCUCUUCCUCUGAUGAGUCCUCUGUGGAAUCUGAUGCAGAAGACGGCGGCGGUCCUGUGAGGGUGGUGACCCGGUUUGACCACGCAUCAAGCGCACCUCCGACUUCUACAGACGUAUAUGAGGAUUUCUUCACGGACAGCGACCUCAGGCAGAAUUUCUUUUGGAACGCCAGCCUCUCCUUCAGGAACAUGACUUUAACCGGGUCUGCGGUCCCGAAGCAGACUCUCUCAAACCCUCCGUCCCGUGCAGCUGUGAGGAAACGUGGCAGAUCCCCUGCAAGGACUCUUCAUCCUCUACACGCUGUGGGAAAUCAGCACGGCACGUUUCCCGAGAAGCUUUUGUACCAGCGGCCUUUCAGAUGCGAGGACGUGCAGGCGGUUGUCUCAAAUCCAAGGCUGGAUGCCUCCCUGCUGCCUCUCAGGCAGUCAGACAUGUGUCUGGUUUGUAUUGCGUUUGCUUCGUGGGUACUGAAGACUGCCAACCCACAAGUUGGAGACACCUGGAAGGCUGUUCUGCUGGCGAAUGUAAGCGCUCUGUCAGCCAUCCGAUACCUGCGUAAAUACGUCAAGAUGGAGGCAGCCGCCAGUGAGAAGGACGGGAGUAACACCGCCCCGUCUGAUCCUUGAGGUCUCCGCCUCCAGUUACAUCACGCUUAAAGUGGAACAUUCUUCUUUGAACACCUGAUACAAGCCAGUGCAAGACUUCAGGCCGUCAUGGAAUUUGGCAAGUUAUGCACUGAAAUUGUGUUUUAUUACAAGUUUCAUCGAUCUUUCCAUUAAAUGGAGGUUACAGCAAUUUGUUUUUUUUUCUAGAUAUUUUGGUCUUUAACUUUUGAAAGCAUUCAUAUGAAACUAGACAAAAGUAUAUCAUCGUUGGAGGGAUUCUAUUUUGUGCCAGUAUCUAUUUUGCAUUUAAUGGAGGGUAUUUUGUUCCCAAAGAUUUUCUUGUGAUUUGUAUAAGUUUCUCUCUGAGAUCUUUUUUUUUAUGUCUGUAACAUUUUCAGUUUAGUUUUUCCAAAACCACAUGGACCUGAAGGUGAAACGUUUAAACACUAGAGGGCACCUCAGGGCCAUAAAAGAAGCUGGAAAGUCCCAGCUGGGUCAGCUGCAGUUUUCAAGCUUUUGAAGUUAUUUGCUAAUACUGGAUUUUGAAUAAAACUAUUAUUUCAAAGUA